AUGCCAGCAACUGUUCAACCACUCACUCCCCCAGCGGGAUCCGACAUUAACUUCGCCGCUGUCAUUGACAACGUCGAUCUCGAGAAUAUCACUGACGAAACAUUCUCCACAAUCCAUUCCGCCCUCUACAACCACCAAGUAGUAAUUUUCAAAAAUCAACACCACCUCACCCCCAAAGCCCAAUACCACCUCACCCAACGCUUCGACCCCUCAUCCACUCAAUACGGCCACGGCAAAACAAUCGACGCAAAGCGAAGCAUCCUACACCCAGACCUGAAGACCGUGCCGCACCAACCCCAGGUGCAAAUAAUCGGUCAUGGCUCCAUCGACUCUUACGAAGGUCUAUCCAACUUCCAAUUGAAACAUCCCCAUCACAAGACCUUCCACCGCGAUGCCAUCCCUCCGGAGGAGGAUUAUGAUUUCACUCGGUUUUAUAGAUGGCAUAUUGAUGCUGCGCUGUACGAGUAUUAUCCACCGAAGGUGACGACGUUACUGGCGGUGAAGGUACCAAAGGGUCGACGACAGACGCUUCGGUAUGACGAUGGCUCAGAUGAGACGUUGGAUGUGCCUCUUGGAACGACAGCUUUUGUUAAUGGGGAGAGGAUGUUUGAGAUGUUGUCUGAUGAAGAUAAGGAGUUUGUCUUGGGGAGUAGGGUUGAAUAUGCGCCUCAUCCAUACAUCUGGAUGAGUCCUGCCCGUUCCCUCCCAACAGGACUAGGCCUCUACUCCGAAGGUCUUGAAUUAUCCGAAUCCGAGCUGCCGCCUAUCGACCAAUCAAAGAUCAUGAUCCUGCCCAUGGUUUGGAAGAACCCUGUUACAGGAAAACCAGCGCUACAGAUCCACCCCUCCGCUGUACGGAAGAUCCAUCAGAAAGAUGGAUCCGUUAUUGAUGAUCUAGCCCGUGUCCGGGAGAUUGUCUACCGGUUACAGCGGCCAGCGAUCAGCCCGAAGCAUGUCUACGUGCAUGAUUGGGAAGAGGGUGAUCUCGUCUUGUUCCAUAAUCGGGGUGUGUUGCACUCGGUGGUGGGGGCGUUUGGGGAUGAUGAGGUGAGGCUGUUUAGACAGUGUAAUUUGGCGGCGGGGGAGGCUCCGGUGGGGAUGAGUGAUUGA